UUGUAACAUGCAUCAUCAUAACAGAGAGAAACAGCGGAUCACAGUGUAAACUGGUGUAUCAUCAUGGAAAGGACUUUGAGAACAGAUGUGACUCCAGGUUCAGAUUAAUGACGGAGAAUCAGACUUUGUUCCUUCAUCUGAGCAGCUUGACCCCAGAGGACGAGGUGAACGUCACCUGUCGGUGUACAAGUCUUGAUGGAACAUUUCUUUUACGUCUCAAUGUCACUGUGGAAGAGGAGGCAAUCACCAGCAUCUCGUCUGAAGAGCUUAUUCCUUAUGUUGUAAUCGGUGUAAUUCUCUUCAUGGUUCCAUCUGGAGCGAUCCUGGGACUUAUCUGCAGAAACACUUGCAACGGACGACAACAGGAAGCCACCACCGGUCGUCCAGACGUGGAACCAGGAGACAUUGAGCCAUACAGCACCUUCACUCAGAGAGAGAGUUCUAGCUCAGUGCCUCUGCAACAUGUGAAAACCACCGGGAAAGAACCGUAUGUCGCUCCAGUGUGCGGAAGUACAACCAAGGCUAGCAUCGCAUUUGUACAGUGCACCAUCAUAACAAAGAGAAACAGCGGAUCACAGUGUCAACUGGUGUAUCUUCAAGGAAAGGACUUUAAUACCAGUUGUGACUCAAGGUUCAGAUUAAUGACGCAGAAUCCGACUGUGGUCCUUCAUCUGAGCAGCUUGACCCCAGAGGAUGAGGUGAACGUCACCUGUCAGUGUACAAGUCUGGAUGGAAAAUUUCUUCUGCGUCUCAAUGUCACUGUGGAAGAGGAGGCAAUCACCAGCAUCUCGUCUGAAGAGCUUAUUCCUAAUGUUGUAAUCGGUGUGAUUCUCAUCAUGGUUACAUCUGGAGCGAUCCUGGGACUUAUCUGCAGAAACACUUGCAACGGACGACAACAGGAAGCCACCAGCGGUCGUCCAGACGUGGUACUGAGCACCAAAACAUUUGUUUCUUAUCAGUUAAUCCAAUAACAAAAUGAAAACCUCUUUCUAACUGUGUGUUGCUCAACAAGGAACCAGGAGACAUUGAGCCAUACAGCACCUUCACACAGAGAGAGAGUGGACUUUAUUCUGUUGUUAAAAUAUCCAGAUUGAAUUCAUAUCACAUUUCAAGAAAGAAAGAAUUCUUGUGUGUUUGCAGGAGAUGAAACAGAUUCAGGGACAGAUCUGUAGCAUCUGCCUCCACGUGAUGCUUGUUUUCAUGUUGAUGUAACAAACUUAACUUUGAGUUUUAAUAGUUUUAAUCAAACUUGAUUGUUUCCCUUAUGUUGUA